AUGAGGCAAAGGUUAGUUAAUGGGACCCUUACAACAACCCCAUUCACACUGAACAAUGGCUCCAUCCAUGUCUAUCAGUCAGGUUUUUCCUUGGCCAUCAGUAUAGACUUUGGUCUGGUUGUUACAUAUGAUUCUAACAGCUGGGUCACCAUCUCAGUACCUUAUGAAUACCAAAAUGCCACUUGUGGUCUCUGUGGGAACUUCAACUUGCAUCCUGAAGAUGAUUUUCGUUCUCCUUCUGGGGAGAUACUGAGCUCGGAUGUGGACUUCGUAAACUCUUGGAAAGUAGAGGGGUAUGCAGACCCUGAAUGUCAUGAUGUCAGCUGCACAGGUCUGGCUUGUGCUGUUUGUAGCAUCCAUGAGACAAGUGUUUACAAUGAUACAAACCACUGUGGGAUCCUAGCAAAUGUUUCUGGCCCUUUUGCUGCCUGCCACUCUGUGCUUGCACCACAGACCUACACAGAGAACUGUGUAUAUGAUCUUUGCGCAGGAAGAGGAUACCAACCCAUUCUGUGCCAGGCUCUCAAUGUGUAUGCUGCUCAAUGUCAACAGCAUGGGAUACAAUUAGGCUUAUGGAGGUGGAAUGGACUUUGUGAUAUUGACUGCCCUAAGAACAGCAAUGGUUUCUAUGGAACAAGCUGCCCAGCCACCUGCAGUAAUCCUGAUGCCCCGAUGAAUUGUCCCUUACCCAACCAGGACAGCUGCAACUGUGAUUAUGGGUACAUACUCAGUGGUGGGACAUGUGUGCCUGAGGCAAAUUGUGGUUGUACCUUUGAAGGAUUCUAUUAUGCUAAGGGACAGACAGUGGUGUUGGAUGAGGACUGUGGAAGGAAAUGUGUUUGCAGAAACAGGACAAUGAUCUGCAAUCAGCACCAGUGUGGUCCAGCAGAGGUUUGUGGGGUCCAUAACGGUGUAAGGGGCUGCAGACCCACCAGCUAUGCUAAUUGUUCAGUUGAAGGCCUAGGUUCAUAUCACACCUUUGAUGGACAAACUUUCCGAUAUCCAGGAGCUUGUGGGCUUAUCCUUGCAAGAGUGAUGGGACCAUUACAACGAGCACACUUUUCUUUGACAGUGGAGAAAGUCCCCAGAGGCAAUCAAGAUUUUGCUAGGCUCCUGAAAUUUAAGGCUGAAGGAACUCAGGUCUCCAUAGAAUUAGGAGAAGUUGGCAGUGUUCAGGUCGAUGGACAAAUAGUUGAUCUGCCCAUAAGUAUUGGUUCUGGUCAGAUCCUCAUCUAUCACAGUAAUGUGAUGGGUUUUGUUCUGGAAACAAUCUUUGGGGUGACCAUUAGAGCUGACUGGCCACAUCUUGUCCGAAUCACAGUGCCAAGCACUUAUAAUGGUACACUUGGAGGUCUAUGUGGAAACUUGAAUGGAAAUAUUAACGAUGAGUUUUUCAGCCCAGAUGGUGUCCUACUAAAUGACCCGCAGACCUUUGCAAACAGUUGGCGUGAUGUGUCCCUAUCUGCUCACUGUGAGGACCCAACUAGCCUAUUUGAACCAUUAACAAGACAUUAUCAGAGUAGGAGGCAGUUCAGUGAGCCCUGCAGCAUCAUGUCCAUGCCUGAUGGACCAUUUACUAACUGCAGUCGAACACUAGACCCUACACAACGUAUUCAAGAUUGCAUACAGAUGCUGGAGCAGGCAAGUGGUGCCAGGGAUGCUCUAUGUGAAGCACUGCAGGAAUACACACUGCUCUGCCAACAGAAUGGAAUUGCAAUUGGAGAGUGGAGGAAUAUUUCCCAGUGUGAACCCACCUGUCCACCAAAUACCCAUUACGAAUUGUGUGCCACAUCCUGUCCUGCAUCCUGCCUUAGUCUCUCAAUUCCCGUUGAGUGCACCCUGCAGUGCCAGGAGGGAUGCCAGUGUAAUGACGGACUUAUUCUCAAUGGAGAUGACUGUGUGCCUCCUAUUAAUUGUGGUUGCCUCUAUGAUGGACGUUUUAUUAAGCCUGGAAAGGUGUUCUGGCGUGAUGAAGAGUGCCAGUAUCGGUGUGUUUGUAAUGGAAUUACUGGAAAUGUCCAUUGCACAUAUUCAUCUUGUAGUGAUCAGGAAGUCUGCCGUGUGGUAGAUGGAGAGUUUGGCUGCCAUGCCAGUCCACAUGGUAUCUGUUCUGUUAUUGGAGAACCCCAUUAUAUCACUUUUGAUGGAGCAAACUUUGAUUUUCAGGGCACAUGCAGAUAUGUACUGGCCACAGUAUGUAAUGACACUCGCGGGCUUCCGGCCUUCCAGGUGGAUGCAAGAAAUGAGGUGUGGAAUGGAUGGACAGUGUCAAGUCCUAUUGAGGUUUUUGUCAACGUCUCAGGGCAUCUUGUGCACAUAUUGGGUGACAAAAACCGUCAUUCUGUUGUUCAGUUUGAUGGAGAGAUCAGAAACCUCCCCAUCCGUGACGCUGGCCAGGUAUCUGUCUACUCCACUGGAACGCGCAUACGCGUCUUAACUGACUUUGGUUUGAGUGUGAGCUAUGAUGGUUACUGGAUGGUGAAGAUCAUUAUACCAGCAGCCUACAGAGGAGUUACAUGUGGACUUUGUGGCAACUUUAACAAACAUAUGGAAGAUGACUUCAUGACUCCUUCAGGUUCUUUGGUACCUUCAGCAGAUCAGUUUGGAGCAUCAUGGAAGAUUAAUGAUGAGGUACCAUGCAAUGAUGACUGUGGAGACAACUGCCCUAAAUGCCAAAAUCAGACCAUUGCUCAUGGCCUGUGUGAGAUCAUCAGUGACACUCAGGGCCCAUUUAGAUUCUGUCACGCUUCUGUAAAUCCACAAGUGUACUUUGAUGACUGUUUAUUUGAUGUGUGCCUCUCUGGGAACCAGAAUGAUGUAUUGUGCCGCUCUAUUCAGUCCUAUGUGAGUGCCUGUCAAUCUGCCAACGCUAAUGUCCUACAAUGGAGAGAAAAUGUGUCAUGUGUCAUGGCGUGUCCAGAGAAUGCUCACUAUGAGCUCUGUGGCACAAACUGUGGUCAUACAUGUGCCAGCAGCAUUGAUGCAAGCUGUGAAUACACAUGCUCAGAGGGAUGUUUCUGUAAUGAUGGAUUUGUGAGAAGUGCAAGACUUUGUGUACCCGUGGAGCAAUGUGGAUGCAUGUAUGAUGGAUUCUACUAUACUAUUGGUGAACAGUUCUGGGUUUCAGACUGUUCGAAACAAUGUAAGUGUUUUGGCCCGUAUGAUCUGCGUUGUUCUACAGACUCUUGCCCACCAGCCACGAACUGUACAUAUAUAAAUGGAAAUCUUGGCUGCUAUGAUCUAUAUGAAUGUCUUGACUCAUCUGUGUGUGGGCCGAACGCUUACUGUCACAAUUACAAUGGAAGUUACUCGUGCUCUUGUUGGGAAGGAUAUAACAUCACUGAUGUAUCUCAAAGUAUCAGUGGAAGAAACCCAUGCAUCGAUGUGAAUGAAUGUGUUGAAAUUCCUAAGUUCUGUGGUCCAAACUCAAUCUGCAACAACACUGUUGGGAGUUACAAUUGCUCGUGUUUGAGUGGAUAUAAAGUAACAGAUCCGAACCUCCCUAUAAACAUCAGUAACCCAUGCACAGGUAUGAUUGACUACUGA